GAACACAUGGGAAAUAAGCACAAUGUGACUGAGUUUAUACUACUGGGCCUCACACAGAACCCAGAGGGGCAAAAAGUUCUCUUUGUCAUAUUUUUACUCAUCUACAUUGUGACAAUCGUAGGCAAUCUUCUGAUAGUGGUGACCAUCAAGGUCACUCAGUCACUGGGCUCACCCAUGUACUUCUUUCUCGCUUAUUUAUCAUUUAUAGACACUGUGUAUUCUACUGUCGUUGCUCCCAAAAUGAUUGUAGACUUACUCUAUGAGAAAAAGACCAUUUCUUUCCAUGCUUGUAUGACUCAAGUGUUCAUAGAUCACUUUUUUGCUGGUGCAGAAGUCAUUCUUCUGGUGGUGAUGGCCUAUGACCGAUAUGUAGCCAUCUGUAAACCUCUUCAUUACUUGAUAAUCAUGAAUAGGCGGGUAUGUAUUCUCAUGUUGCUGGUGGCCUGGACUGGAGGAUUUCUUCACUCAGUGGUUCAAUUUCUUCUUAUUUAUCAGCUUCCUUUCUGUGGUCCCAAUGUCAUUGAUAAUUUUGUGUGCGAUAUGUAUCCCUUAUUGAAACUUGCUUGCACCAACACCUAUUUCCUCGGUCUUUCUCUGAUAGCAAAUGGGGGAGCCAUUUGCAGUGUUAUCUUCUUCAUUCUCCUGGUUUCCUAUGGAGUUAUAUUGCAUUCCUUAAAGUCUCAUGGUUUGGAGGGGAAGCGUAAAGCCUUUUAUACCUGUGCAUCACAUAUUACUGUGGUCAUUUUGUUCUUUGUUCCCUGUAUCUUCCUUUAUGCAAGGCCCAAUUCCACCUUUCCUAUUGAUAAAUUUAUGACUGUGUUUUUAACUUUCAUAACUCCCAUGUUGAACCCUAUAAUCUACACCCUGAGAAAUGCAGAAAUGAAAAGUGCAAUGAGAAAACUGUGGAGUAAAAAUGUGACUUCUGUUGGAAGAGAGCUUUAGCCAGAAGUUAAUAUUAGUUAA